AUGCACGAUUAUAAGUAUCCAAAGAUUGAUGCCAAGCAUUUUCAUUAUCACAAUGAUGGCACUGGAAGGUUAGAUUAAUAUAAGAUUUUUAGGGAUCAGUAUGUAAAACAUACAAAUGGUGGUUUAUUGUCUCAGAAAAUGAUAAGUUCACUCGAUUUAUCUCCAAAGGCUGAUUACACAAAGAUGAUAUUUCCAAAAAGUGCAACAAAGUACAAUGAAUUGUAAUAACUUAGUUCUCGAAGCAGAGGAUUACUUCCACCUUAACAUUAAAGAAUCCAACAUUAUUUUGGAGAUGGAAAAGGACGAGAUUAUUUUGUAACGAUUAAUGAUGGUGGAUAAGUGAAUUUAAAAAGUUGGAAAGAUCAUCCAGAUGAAGCAUUUCCAGCUUAAUUACGAAAAUAUGGAAGAGAAUACUCACAACCUGACUGUGUUUAGUACUUGAUGUCAAAUAAUACAAAAUUAUAAUAAUUGACACAAACCAUGAGAUUAAGAUAGAGUUAAUUUACUAAGCAUAUUAGUGUUCCUAAGAAGCAAUCUACCCCUUAAUUAUAGAGCUUUAUGCCAGAUUUGAAUGAAGGAGGAAAGUAUCAGACAUACCAAAAACUGAAAUACUAGAGUAAAGCAUGUUCUUUUGCAGAAUGAU